CCAGCGUCGCGCUCCGUCCCGACUGGAAGCCUGCUAGGUAGCUUUGCCGCGGCGUUUUCUUGCUUAGACGCCCGCCCUUGCUCAAUCUCGCGGGCGCGAACUGCCUUGCUUGCUCGGCUUGCUCGGGCGACUGCUCCACGGGGUCCCAGACGCUCCACGAUGGCAUGGCACCGAAGCCAUUGCGCCUCGGUGCCUCCAAUUAUCACAACAGGAGGUGCUUCGGGCUUUCUGUAUGCAUGACGGUGCUACUAAAAAUGACGAGUCUUGAAGCGGGCACAGAUUGCCUCGCGAACAGUCGCCGUGCUCACGGCCGUGGCUGGGCAUGCAGUUCCUUGUCUGCCGUCAGUCACCCCCCGGGGUGGGCGGACCAUCUGCGAGCCUGCGACCCUCCCUGGCUCCAGGAACAACAAGCGUGUAUCACGAUGCAGCCGCUCCCGUCCAGCAAAGCCCGGCCAGCGGGUCGUGAGGCAUCUUCUCACGACACAGGAGGCUGACGGAACCCCCGAUACCUACUUCGGGGCCGUCGCCACAGCCGCAGGCGCCGGCUGUGCCUUUGCACUUGGCUCCGCCGUCUGCCGACCUCAGUUGGCCCUGCUGGAAAGGGGUCUCGCUCUCUCUCUCUCUCUGUCUCUUGUUCUGCUUAUCAGUCGACAUCGGCGUCACUCGACCCGAGCCGGUCAGCUGCCAAGUUCGCGGCUUUCAAGGGCUCCAAGGGCUCACCUGAGGCAAGCAAAGCUCCACGAAUGUUGUGUGUGUGUGUGUGUGUGUGUUGCUGCACUCGUCCGCCAUGCCAUCACCCGUUGCCUCCCUCUGCGUCCCUCCUUGAUCACGUUGCCCGGCUGGUGCGGUGGUGCAUCGACACGUCUCCUCCCAUCCCCCCUCAACCAUGUCGUGCCAUGGCCACCAUGGCUAUGCCGCUCAACGUGGUCGAUGCUUGACCUUGCCCCGGACCCAGGUCACAUUCAGUCCGGCCAGACGACGUCGCUCAUCCUGCCCUGCCUGCCUGCCUGCUCUGCCCUUCCACAAGCGGGUACUCGUGCCCUCGCCCGCCUGCCCGUGCUUCCUUUGUCUGACCUUUGAUGAUCCACCUGAUUCACAUCAUCAUUCCCCUCUCAUGUUUUGAUAUUUACAGUGCAACUACUACUACGUGCGUGGGACUUGUUGCCGGUCUAAACAUACAGCUUCGGCUUUUAAGCACUCUUGCCCGCCGCCGCUCGACACCCAGCCACAACGGAUUCACCCUCCUCCCCUCUCUUGUGUCAAGCUCUUCGACGCUCCUUGCUUUGCAAGACUUUGACCUGCUUCGGCCAUAAUAAGUCGUCAACAUGUUACCCAGUAGCAGCACUAGCUGGCAAGCAGCCUUAACCGCGGCGCUCUGCGCCUUCGCGCCUAGAGUUGACGCCGCCGACCCCGAAACAUACGCUGCUCGCGCCUCUCAAGCUAUUGAGUCACUGAACCUUGACUUCUACAACGUCGAGACGGGCAUCUGGGACAACGCUUGGUGGAACAGCGCCAACGUUCUCACAACCAUCGCCGAGUUCGCCAAACUGAGCCGUAACGACGCUAACGAACUCAACGUCGGCGGAUAUAUGCGCAACACCUUUAACCAGGCGCAAAAAACAGAUGUGAAGACAACCAAGUCUAUUGCGAAAAAUGGCAUGGUCUCCUCCGUGUACUGUCUAGAUGCAGGUAAAGGCUGUAUGGCUAAGCGCGAGUUCCUCGGCAAGCGCGGCUUCCAAAACUUCCUCAACGAGUACUACGAUGACGAGGGCUGGUGGGCUCUGGCGUUGAUACGCGCAUACGACGCGGCUGGAGACCAGGGCUAUUUGGACGCGGCAGUCGACAUCUUCAAAGAUAUGAAGACAGGCAUCGGCACUCCCUGCGGCGGCGGCAUCUUCUGGAGCAAGGACCGCAAGUACGUCAACGCCAUCGCCAACGAGCUCUAUCUCUCGGUGGCCGCUUCGCUCGCCAAUCGCGUCUCAGAAGAGAAAAAGAGAAAGGAAUAUCUCAGCAUCGCGAAAUCCCAGUGGCAGUGGUUUGAGAGAAGCGGCAUGAUCAAUGAAAACAGCCUCAUCAACGACGGCCUCGACAGCAACUGCAAGAAUAAUGGUCUGCAAACUUGGUCGUACAACCAAGGCGUCAUACUCGGCGGCCUGGCCGAGCUCAGCAUGGCUACCGGGGACAUUCAAUACGUUGAGAAGGCGAUGCCCAUCGCCAAGGCGGCCAUUCAAGCGCUCCAAAACGAGCAGGGCAUUCUCGUCGAGACGGACAAGUGUGAGCUGAGGGACGGCAACUGCGGCAAGGACGGUCAACAGUUCAAGGGUGUUUUUAUUCGCAACCUUCGAUACCUUCACGCGGUGGCGCCGGACACAGAGUUCUCCGACUUCAUCAUGCGAAACGCCGACUUCAUUUGGGACCACGACCGGGACGAUGGGAAGUUGGGCGCGUCCUGGCCAGGGCCCUUUGUGGCCCACACAGGCCCGUCGCAGAGCAGCGCUCUUGACGCGCUCGUGGCCGCCAUCGCCGUCAGCCAAUAAUCUCCCGCAAAACACCUUGGGCUAAGGAUCCGGCCUUUGACGGACAGACGAACUUGUCGAAAGAGACAAUAUUUAUUAUUUCGAGCACAUAUUUUACAACAACGACCUCGACACCGAGCAGUCGAGAAUCUUCACGGCCCCCCUCAAUCGGCGAGUGCGGCGCAUUCGGCAUCCGCAACUCCCACUUACUACUUGUCUCUCUAAUGUCUUAAGUCACGCUGAUGAUGGUACAUAUCGAGGAAGAGAACAUGAAACUACAUAUAUCAGAGUGGUAGUUUUGGAGAGUUGGGAACGUUGAAU